AUGUUGGCGUACUCCGUAUGUAAUCGAUCUAUGCUAGCAAGCUUCAAGACAGUGGGCGCUGCAGGAGGUUUUCGCGAGAAUUUCUUGACGAAAUUGGCUCAAGUACAACAUGCUCGAUGCUUUGCUGUUCCAGGAACAAAGCAAGUGUACAAGAGAACGAAGCCUCACCUUAAUGUUGGUACUAUUGGACAUGUGGAUCAUGGCAAAACUACACUCUCUUCGGCUAUUACCAAAGUUUUGGCAUCAAAAAAGGGCGCGAAAUUUAGAAAAUACGAGGAAAUUGACAAUGCACCUGAGGAAAAAGCUCGCGGCAUAACUAUUAAUGCAUUUCAUUUGGAAUACGAGACGGAGAAACGGCACUACGCUCACAUCGAUUGUCCAGGCCAUGCAGAUUAUAUCAAAAAUAUGAUUACUGGUACAGCUCAGAUGGAAGGCGCCAUUUUAGUGGUAGCUGCUACUGAAGGAGCUAUGCCACAAACUCGAGAGCAUUUACUGCUCGCUCGACAAGUUGGUAUUCCUCUAAAAAAUAUUGCUGUGUAUUUGAAUAAAGUCGAUGAAGUGCCGGAUAAAGAAACACAUGAAUUAGUUGAAAUGGAGAUUCGUGAACUCCUAUCAGAGCUUAGCUAUCCAUCUGAAUCACCGGUUGUUUUCGGUUCAGCGCUUUGUGCUUUAGAAGAGAAGAAUCCAGAAAUAGGAGAAAAGUCAAUCUGGAAACUUCUGGAUAUUCUUGAUAACUCAUUUGUUAUUCCAGAACGUCAUCAGAAUACAGAAGUUAUGUUCCCUGCCGAACACGUUUAUGCAAUCAAAGGCCGUGGUACUGUUAUAACCGGCAAAUUGGAAAGAGGUUCUUUGAAAAAAGGAGAUAAAGUGGAAAUAGUUGGUGCAGGAAAAGAACCUGUUAAAUCGGUAGUUUCUAGUCUUGAAACAUUCAGGAAAUCGCUCGAUGUGGCAGAACCCGGUGAUCAGCUUGGAAUUUUAUUGAGGGGUGUAGAAAGUAAAGCGGUACGACGUGGGAGUGUACUUUUACCCCAAGAGCAUAAACAUGUUCCUACUGACAAAGUGGAAGCUCAGUUGUACAUAUUGAAACCAGAAGAAGGAGGUACGAAGAUGCCAAUUGCAAACUAUUUCACUGAACAUCUGUUUUCGUUAACAUGGGACUGCGGAGCAGUAGUCAAAAUCAAAGGCAAAGACUUCAUUAUGCCUGGAGAAGUGGGAGAGGUUGAGCUGCAUAUGAGUGCAGUGCAGUUUAUCGAACCGCAGCAACGAUUCACGAUUCGUAAGGAUCCAGUUACAAUUGGAACUGGUGUUUUUACCAAACUUCAUCCACCACGAACAGAAGCUGAGAAAGAUAAGAAGGCUAUGAAAGCAGCGAUGAAGGCUGAAAUGGAACGACUUGGAUUCAAUCCGUAUGGUGAGCAAAUGGAAAGAAGAUUGAAACCUGAUUAUUCGAAUAGUCCAAAGCAAGCUGAAAUAUCUAAACUUUUCGAAGAAAGUGCAGGGAAAUGA